AGGGCGGAGACUUCACACCAGUGUGCGUCCCUCCCUAACAGGCGGAGCGUCAGAUUGCGUCGAGAGAAAAUGUCAACAACAUGCCGGAGUCUUCCAGAGACACAGAAACGGAAGAGGGAACGAAAGACAGACAACAAAGAGAUCAAGGAAGCCCGUCGUCUCAAAACAUCGUGUCAUUAAUAUCACAGAUUGCAGAUGAUAAUUUAACACUUGUGCGGAAUAUAAGCACUGGACUGGCAGUCAUUGGUGUCAUUGUAAUAGCGAGGAGUAUCAAACUGAUCACUAAAUUCCAAGUUGCAUCCGAGAUCCCUGCUCGUUUUAUUGAGAGGAACGUCAGCCUUCGUGGAAAAGUUCAUUCAGUCUCAGAGAAAGGGCUCGAAGUGGAACACGUCCCAAUUCAUCUCCCGAUCCUCUCUCCGUUACUUUCGAAACACAAAGGUGUGUGCAAGUCUCCGAUACUUGUGCAUCUUGCAGGAGUGGAGCUCACUCCAGAAGGCAGGGCAUGGCUGCAGAAAAACCUGACUCCUACACAAACAGUCUGGCUAAAACUUAUCAGCAGAGAGAAUGAGACACUGCACUGUUUGGUGUCUCAAAGCAGGCAGGGGUUGAUGAGGAGCUGCUGCAUGAAUGAAGAGGUCCUCAGACUCGGCCUGGCUCGCACUGCGCCAGUUGUCGGAGUCUUGCCGGACUCUCGCCUCUAUUGGCGUCUCCACAAACGGCUGCACAGAGCAGAGGUCAAAGCUGAGAGGAGGGGGCGGGGCCUGUGGAAGCAGGAAAGCCUAUGGGAGAGGCUCUCCAAGGCCAUCAGGGACGGCUCUUUCUUCAGACUGAUGGGGAGAAUCUUUAAGAGAACUUGAUGAAAGACAAAGACAAUUGUUGAAUGACAGCGCAUUUUGUAAUUUCUUUAACCUUUUUUAGGUGUUAUUUUCAACAAAAGAGUUCAAAUGUCUUUUUACAGUUUUAAAAAAUGCCAUCCAUCACUCAGUUUCUUGUUAAAGAUGUGGUAUUUGAUGCUGUGAAAACACUUAAAUGAUCCUGAUAGCACAUACAAAGAGAAGUCAAAUUUCCUUCACAUUCCUCGUUACUGUUGUUGCAUUGGGUUUAUUGUUUAUUUUUUACUGUAUUUAGCUGUCGAGAAGUUUAAAAUGAUUAAAAAGUCCACCUAAAACCCUGA